UUUGCCCGCGUUGGUGUGCUAUUUUAGUCAAACGUGGGGCAGGCCAGGAACCCCGUGAGUCCAGUUUAGAGUGAAACGGGUGUUUCGUUGUUUGGAAUUCAGACGUUGUGUGUCAACCUGUGCUUGCUUUCAUUCGGCACGAUGUAUGGAUAUCAACGUGGGCUACUACACUGUUGACAAGUGACUCGCGAGCUUGUCCGGAGUCGGCAUCGAAUUACAAACUUUAUUUUGGUCUUCACAGAAGCCUACAAAAUUCUGUCCAAUAGGCAAUGGAACAACUUGGGCCUGAGGAGAAACUAUUGAAGUAUGCUAGAGGGGGAGAUUUGCAGCAAGUGCAGACCCUACUACAAGCAAAGAUCAAUCAGGAAAUAGAUCUCAACAUCAAUUGUCGAGGUGGCAGCAAGACCAACACAGGAUGGAGUGCUUUGCACUUUGCCUCCUACUUUGGCCACAAAGAGGUUGUGGAGGAGUUGCUCAAGGCUGGGGCUGAUAUGAAUGUGCAAAAUAAGAUGGGCGACACACCCCUGCACAAGGCUGCACUCAGUGCCAGAAAGGAGAUUGUUCUCUUGCUGUUGCGGUAUGAUGCCUGUGCAACAGUCAUAAAUGGAUCAGCGCAAACCCCGAAGGAUGUGACUGAAGAUGAUGAAAUCAUUACCAUGUUGGAGGCUGCCCAGAGGAGAGAGGAGAGGAGAGUGGAAGAGAAACUGCUGGAUGCAGCCAGGGAAGGGGACAGCACAACUCUCUCACAGCUGCUAGGCAGAAAGAAGCCCCCAAAUAUCCACUGCACAGACCUGCAGGGGAACACGCCGUUACACUGCGCGGCCUACAGAGGGCAGAAGCAGAGUGUUGUGAAGCUGCUGAAGAGCGGCGCCAAUCCCAACAUGAAAAACAAAAAUGAUCUGUCAGUGUUCGACCUUGCUAGCAGUGAUGAGGUCAGAGUCAUUCUGGCAGCCAAUCAGGAGAAAACGUCUGCCUUUGCAGUACAGCCGUUUGAAGGCCCUCUCUGGAAAAGGUCUCAGUUCUUGGGCUGGAAAUCACACUGGGUAGUUCUAAAAGACGGUGUCAUGUCUUGGUAUCCUAAAAAGGCUGAUGCUGAUGAGCAUCUUCAUCAACAGGGUAGUCAGUCUCUUCUUCAGGCCCACUGCAUGUUCAAAGCCUGGGAUAAGUGCUUCUUCAAUGUGAAGUGUUUCGAUGGCAGUGUCCAUAACUUUAAGGUUAAUUCCAAAAGUGGUCCAGAGGCUCUUCGAAAAAAAUGGCUAGACGCCAUUGGCGAGCACUCUGCCUGGAGCACAUACUACAGUGUGUCUGAGCAGGCCUGCGAUGAGGAGGACGAGAUCGAUGUGGAGGACAGUGGCACUGCGGCCUCAGGAGAUCUGGCCGACUCCCUGAUGGCAGCUGAGGCCAGCCAGCAGCGACUGGAGGCUCAGGUGGCCAUCUUUGUGUCGAUGGUGAAGAACGACGGAGAUGACAAGGGAGCCAGUCCGAUGCUGCUGAAGGCCCAGGAGACGGCUCAGUGUUCCCGAGAGACCUGCUCAGCGCUGCGCCUCUGCAUGGACCUCCUCGCCCAGAGAGAAGAGACGUGGAGUCUGAAGUUGGAACAGGAAGUCGAGAAGAACAAGAUCCUGUCCGAGGCCCUGAAAACCGUAGCCACCGAGCACCACGAACUCGAGCAGUCUCUGAGAAGGGGCAGGAGGUCCCCGUCGCUGAGCACGGUUACCGAGGACGAGUUCUACGAUGCGGUCUCCGACAGCGAGUCCGAGCGUUCUCUGAGCGGCUUCCUGUCACUGGCCGGAGAGUCCUUCGACGAGGGCGCACAAGAGCAGCCCCCUCAUCAACACCACCACCACCCCCACCAUCACAACACCACCACUGCCAGCGCCAGCGGCCACCGCUGCAAGGGUCACGGCAGGAUGUCAGACGGGGGAAAGGAAGGCAGUCAGAAGGGGCAUUGCAAUGGAGUCAAAAGGCACAGGAGGUCGUGUUUGCCCGCUCCCAUGUUCUCCAGGAAUGAUGUCAGCAUCUGGAGCAUCCUCAAGAAGUGCAUUGGCAUGGAGCUCUCCAAAAUCGCCAUGCCGGUGGUCCUCAACGAGCCCCUGAGCUUCCUGCAGAGGCUGACCGAGUACAUGGAGCACACAUACCUCAUCCACCAGGCCAACACGUCCACAGACUCCAUCGAGAGGAUGAAGUGUGUGGCAGCGUUUGCUGUGUCCGCGGUCGCCUCUCAGUGGGAGAGGACCGGGAAGCCUUUCAACCCUCUGCUGGGGGAAACCUACGAGCUGAUCAGAGACGACCUGGGCUUCAGGUGGAUGUCGGAGCAGGUGAGCCACCACCCUCCCGUGAGUGCCUUCUGUGCAGAGGGGCUGGAGAACGACUUUGUGUUCCACGGCUCCAUCUACCCCAAGCUUAAGUUUUGGGGCAAGAGUGUGGAGGCCGAGCCCAAAGGCAGCAUCACCCUGGAGCUCCCCAAACACAAAGAGGCUUAUACCUGGACCAAUCCUACGUGCUGUGUUCACAACAUCAUUGUUGGACAGCUGUGGAUUGAGCAGUAUGGCAACGUGGAAGUCAUCAAUCACAAAACCGGAGAGAAAUGUUGUUUGAACUUCAAGUCGUGUGGCAUUUUUGGGAAAGAGCUCCACAAAGUUGAAGGCUACAUAUAUGACAAAAGCAAGAAGAAGAUCUGUGCGAUCUAUGGGAAGUGGACAGAGUGCCUUUAUACAGUGGACCCAGCCACCUAUGAUGCCCACAAGAAAGCCGACAAGAAGAAUGAGGACAAGAAGAGCAGCAAACAGCACGUGGACGAAGAGCCGGUGGAGAUGCCUCCGCCAGACGCGGAGACGGUGCAGGUCAUCCCGGGCAGCGAGCUCGUCUGGAGGAUAUCCCCUCGACCAGAGAACUCCGCACAGUUCUAUGCCUUCUCAACGUUUGCCAUGCAACUGAAUGAGCUGGAGAAGGAGAUGGAGGAGAACCUGCCCAGGACAGACUGCCGUCUCAGACCAGAUAUCCGCGCCAUGGAGAACGGAGACAUAGAUCUGGCCAGUGCUGAGAAGAAGAGGCUUGAGGAGAAGCAGCGAACAGCGCGGAAAAAUCGCUCCAAAUCCAACGACGACUGGAAGACCAGGUGGUUUCGUCAGGGACCCAACCCGCACAACGGAGCUCAGGACUGGCUGCACACCAAUGGAUACUGGGACCGGAACUACAGUCAGAUCCCAGACAUCUACUAACGCACAUCCUCGAUGCUGUAAGGGGCGGCAACUCUGUUCACACAUUAGCUCAUCAGCACCUACGUACAGUACAAACAGUUCAAAAGCUCAACUCUUGUUGUUAAUAUCUAUGGUGUGACUAUGGCCUGGAAAGGUUGUUUAGCUGUUUGGGCUGGUUAUAAACACAAAAUUAAUAUGAUGGUGAUGGCAUGAGAUUGGUUAGGAAGAUGAAAGGAGAGGACGAAGGACUGGCUCAUGGCUUACCGUAUCACCCCUGGCCAGGAUGUACAUGGCUAGGUUCGAGUAGCCAUGACAAAAGAGGGGCCACACACACAAAAACCUUCCGCAGCCUAUAAUGGUCUUCCUUAAAGCACAAAACUGGGCCUUCAGUGUGAUUUUUGUUGUUUGAACCGUUAACCGGUCAAUAUAUAAAUCAGGUCAUCUCUUACAACUGUUGGUUUUUUUUUGCUGGUCUUAUGUUGUUGCUUGCUUUUUUGUUUAUACAUAUACAAAUAUAUGCAUAGCUUUUUGGGUUGCUUCUGCAGGCUGAAUAGAAAUGUGUCGCGUUCCUCCUAUUGCUCGUGAUCUCCACACUACAGGGAUUACUUGUACAGUUGCUGACAUGUUUACUUGAAUCCUCUCUUUUCUCUACUGUAUAUUCGAUUUGACAGCAGGUGACAGACAUGUUACUGUAGAUCAUGGGAAUACUUUCAAAUUGUGAACGUCUAAAAUGACAUAGCGACUAGACCCACUGUUACAUAUACUGUACGUUUGUGACCUCGCGUAUAUUCUUCAGAGGUAGAUUAGCAAGUGCUAGUUUCAUAGGCUGAUGGUAGUCAGCGCUGUCUGAGAGACUUAAACCACAGUUUAUUCUCAGAUUUUUUCUCUCAUCAAUGCUGCAUGUACACGGCCUACAUAUGAACAGAGAACCUUGGAGUCUUUCCCUAGCAACUGCAUUUGUUCUCCAAAGAUGCAGUUAAUAUUUAUUUGUGCGGUUGUAUCGUUUCAGUUGUGUGGCAGUACUACUUUGGUGUGUGUGUGUGUGUGUGUGUGUGCGCGUGUGUGCGCGCGCGUGAGCGCAGGUGUGUGUCAGUGUGCGUGUGUAAAUGGUUGGGUGCUUCGCUGAUUUAAUCUCAAAUUCAUAUAUUUCAGUUGUUAAGACAUCUGUAGCAAAAGCUGUUGGCUUUUAGUCAUGUCCUUGAAGGUCUCAUCGACACAGUCAUGGGUAGACGUCACGUGAGCAUUUAGUGCGGGUCUCUUUAGUAAUGACAUGUCCUGGUCUUCUUUAGAUUGGUAAAGCCCAUCAUGUAUAACACAAUGCUCCUUAAAUAUUGACACACUCAUCAAUUGUCCCUCAAGAAAUCUUCUGGCUAUGAUUUCUUAAUUCAGCACAUAACAUGCUAAUCAGCUGCCAUUCUACAAAUGUAUAUUAGUAGAAAUUUGAGUUUGAAUUUCAGCUUUAAAAAGAAAUGCUGAGUAUUACCAUUGUAAUACAAAAUAAAAACAAUGUUCUCCCUGUACUAUGCAAAAAAUGUUGUCGCACACAAAGCUUCCCUCUGCCCCCCCCCUUAGUGGUUGAUCCAUGCACUGAAGGCAACUCACUGAUCCUUGACAUGUAGCUGCUGUGAAAAGUGUUCAUAUGAAUUGUACGAUAACAUUUAGAUGAGGUCUUUAUGGCCUGAAAUGUGUUUGUUCGUAACUUAUCUCAUUCUUUGUUAAUACCAUGUAGCAAAGUUUUAAAAAAUAAAAUGUUUCUAUCGUUGCUAAAUAAAGGCUUAAUAUCAACUGAA